UCUCCAAAAUCGCAGAAAAACGGCUUCAGAUACCCUAAUCAUCUUUCUCGUGCGAUCUCCGCCGCCGUGCACUUCCCGUCCGGCCAAGCCACGUCAUUCCGGUGCUCUCUCGCCCAUCACUCGCUCACCGCCACCCCGGUCCUCCUUAUACUUCCAGUUUCUGGUUGACCGCUGAUACCAUCUUUUGUUUGGGUUUUCCCUUUGCUUUAUAGGUUGAAGAUCGAAAGCAAUAUGGCAAUGUCGUUAUGGUUGCAGAUGCACAGAGUCAUAAGAAACGGAAGUGUUAAUUUGAUUUCCACACACCCACAUUCUUCGGCUUACUUUUCUUCGAGAUCCUACUCCAAAUCAACACCAUACGUUGUCAAGGUUGGAAUACCGGAAUUUCUUAAUGGAAUUGGAAAGGGAGUCGAAUCUCAUGUCGCUAAGCUCGAUUCUGAAAUUGGUGACUUCCAGAAGCUUCUGGUUACUCGAACCCUCAAACUCAAGAAGCUUGGUAUUCCUUGCAAACAUAGGAAGCUAAUAUUGAAACAUGCACACAAGUACAGGCUUGGAUUAUGGAGGCCACGUGCUGAGCCGAUCAAAGCAUGAUUUGUUUCUAUGUAGUAAGUAGCCUUUCGUUGUGAAAUCAUAUUGGAAAUGUGUAGCCAUUUUAGAAGGACAGGGCUCGACUUUGCAUGAAAAUAGGAAGUUUUUGGCUCUGGAUACCUCCCAUCCUUUUUCAUCACAUUAAUAUUUGUCAUUUGCACCAGUCAAGAACGCUGGGUUAAUCUUAAUUGCUGUUUGUGAUUUCACAUGUCUAAUAAUUUCACUGCAUUUUUUGUCUUGUAUCACUCUUGGCAAAAGAGAAUUAACUUUGGGAUUAAGAGUUCGCAAUGGUUCAUUUAUUUUGGUCUAGUUAAAUCUAAUGAUGCGCUUCCCACCUUUCA